CGUUGAAGAGCUCAGGUUAACCCUUGCGGCUUUGUUCUUCAACAUCGGGCAGCACCACCACACUCGUUACCUCUACGUUUGAAGAGCACGAUGGGGACUCGUAAUCGGGUGUCAUCGUUCAUAGCGAAUCUCACCAGGAAUCGAGACUCCCAGAAUCAUCAUCAUAACUCGGUUCCUCCCGGGUCGGUACCGAUCAAAGACGAUGCUCCACAAUACACACCAGCAAAGCAGGACCUGCCAAAAGCGCCUACACCGACAGUGGCCAGGACGUCCCAUUCAUAUAAACUAGAUGGCCAAGAAUGCCCUCAACCUCGAGCCCAGCGCGAACGCGCCCCGUCAAGGCCACUUUCCAUAAUCCAAACCUACCAGCCUCCUCUAAUGGACGUGGCCGAGGAUACAUUGCCGGAGCUGCAACCGAUAUUCACAUUCCUGAACAGCCACGGGAAUAAGCUAUACCAGGAAGGAUACUUCCUGAAGUUAGAUGACCAAGAUACGUAUGGAAGGCCAAAUGCGGAUCGAACCUGGACCGAAUGUUUUGCGCAACUCGUCGGAACUGUUUUGUCGUUAUGGGAGGCGGCAGAAUUGGAUGCAGCCGGCCAGGAUGGGGAAGUCCUUCCAAAAUUCAUAAACCUUACAGAUUCAUCUAUCAAAAUGAUUGAAUCGCUCCCAACUCGAUCCGAAAACGAGCCGCCCUUGCAAAAUGUACUCAGCAUCUCCACUGCCGGUAAAAAUCGCUAUCUGUUGCACUUCAACUCACAUCAUUCCUUGAUUCAAUGGACCGCGGGAAUCCGACUUGCGAUGUUCGAGCACACCACAUUACAAGAGGCCUACACAGGCGCACUUAUCGCGGGAAAAGGGAAGGCUUUGAACAACAUUAGCUUGAUCAUGGAGCGCACAAGGAUAAAAACAGAAGACUGGGCACGCGUCAGGUUUGGGGCUGGUACUCCCUGGCGACGCUGCUGGUGUGUUAUCACGCCACCCCCCGAAAAGGAGGUUCAAAAACUGCAGAAGCAAGUAAACAAGAAGAAAUCGGCGUAUGAUCGUUCUCGACCUCCGGUUUUGAAGGGCGAAAUAAAAUUCUACGAUUCUAAGAAAACAAAAAAGGCCACUCCAAUUGCAACGAUCAAAGAUGCCUAUUCAGCCUUCGCCAUCUAUCCACAAGCGAAGCCCUUGAUUGAUGCCUCGACCCUUGUAAAGGUGGAAGGAAAUAUCACAAUUCAUUCAGACCCUCCGUCGACCACUGAGGGCUUCGUCUUUGUUAUGCCUGAGGUACAUCCCGCCGUUAGUGGAUUUGAGAUGAUGCUUCGUUGGCUCUUUCCAGUGUUCGAUACUUUUGCCCUUUAUGGCCGUCCGAACAGAUUGAUUGCGGACACUACGAACCCCGAGAGUCUGAUGUUUGCGAUGCCGAAACAUCGGAGGUAUGGAUAUCUAGAAAUCCUAGACGUCUCCGGGCUCGUCCUAGAGCAAGGAAGUUCGGAAUGGAAAGAAUCGGAAUGGAGACGAAGAAUGAAGGAGCUGGUUAGCAAGCGAAUGACUGCCGUCGAGAACGGAAGCCGAACAAACAGCAGAUACGGCAGCAGAAGGAGUGUACGUAACAGCUAUGGACCGUCUCGCAGCCGUAUUCAUUUUGAUGACGGAGCAUCAAUAAAAUCUUCGCCACCAAUUGGAUGGGCUCAGUCGCAAGCAGAACCACCAUACGGAACAGGAAUUCCAAGGACGGACUCUGCACCGCCUGGUAGUGCUGAUCUGCAGUCUUCUGUUCCUCACUAUCGAUCGGUGUCGGACACUCAUGCCCACGACCGCUAUGCAAGUGCAUCUUCCAAUUUUGAUGGAGCCUACGAACAAGGUCCACUACCACCUCCGCACAGUUUUGGGGGCUCGAAGUAUACGAAUGAGAUGGGUACCACCCCCGAGCGCGUAAGCUCAGAAGAAGAUGAACAAACUUCUCCGGAGACACCCGUACGAGAACUCCAGGACUUGCGAGCAACUGGUGCUCCAGAACCAGUUGCCGCCCCGCCCGCCUUCUCUCACGGUCCAGGUUCCCUCCCGCCAAGCAAGCCGUAUCAGUCACCAGAAUUGCGCAGAGCUAAUAGCCGUAUGUCCACUGGGACUCUAUCCCUGUUGGCAGGUGGAGCAGGCGCUGGCAGCAUUGCUGCUGCAUACCACAGUAAUGGAGAAGGGCUAAGAAGCGAUGAGCUGAGGCUCAUCGAGGAAAAGGGUCCAGAUUCGGAGGAUAGGGGUCAAACAGACCAGAGAGGGGUACUACCAGAAGCCAACAAGUUCAAAUCUCCUGCUAAUAGUGAUGGUCUUUUUGAAGGCUCGGUAACAGCAUCAAUUCUAGCCUCUUUCGACGAGUCCUUACCCUCGCCGCGUCCCUCGGACCUCGACCCACGAACCAAUUCUUCACAACCUCAUCAAUCUUCGUACACUCCUUCAACUCCUCAGCCUGGUGACGCCAGAGACCAUUCCUCCAUUAAUCGUACGUAUGAUCCUCCUCAGGCUUUUGCUUCUUCAGAUCCGAACACCCAAGCUACUUGGUCCCCACAACCUUCAUCCAUGCAGGGUCAUAUACCUCAGCAGUCGACAGAUUCUACCCGCAGCGUCCCGUCUCAACCACCGCGGCUUCAGACUAGAGAAAGCAUUAUUCGCAAGCCCGUUCCCACAAAUAGUUCCAGUGUAGUGAGUCCAGUAUCGGCAGAAACACCAUCGAGUAGUGGUAGCUUGGCGCAGCACGUUAUAGAUCAAGCCGCCUUUGACUUGAUUGGAAAACCUUCCGAUCGAAAGCUUACCCUCUUACCGGAUCGAGACAGAUCAAAUACAGCCACCAGUGUAUAUCCGGAAGAUAUCCGCGACGACCGUCCAACGCUCCUACCACCAAUACCACCAAUGCCUGAUCUGCGAGACAGAUCGAACACAGGGAUCAGCGUAUAUGAAGAUGAUAUUCGCUCCGAUGACGACGAACCGGACUAUGCUAGUACCUCAAGUCCAUCUAUCGAUACUCAAAAGUCUGUUGAGAAACCCCGUGCUGGCGUCUUGCGAACCGUGGGAACUGUUGAAAAUGACGGUGGAAGCAAGUCACCAAUUCUGGACAUAGACUUCGGCCCCACUCUCAACCUCGUUUCAGAUCGAGCACCUCUACAGCGGAAACCCGUCGGGGGAGAAAAUCCAGGGCCCUCGCAAAUGCCCGGUGCAGAGCGCGCGCCCAGCCGCGCAAGUCCAAGUCCUGGACCUGCACCUGCCGCAGGACAUCGAGCUCAUUCCAGUUCAUCUAGUCGCAACAUCACCACGCCAGAUGGCGGCGCACACUAUCGGAACGAGUCCGGGGAAAGCAGGACCUUGGCCUGGCAACCAGGUAUGAGUGCCAUUGGCAGCAGUUCCCCUGGAUUUCAGCGUGCUAUCACUCCGGAACAAUUUGUCCAGCAGCGAGCGGCCGCAACCCCCUUGUACGCGCAUCAACGUCAAACCUCUGCAAACACUCUCCGCAGUACACCUACACCUCCUCUCGUACGAAAUCGAUCAAGUGACUUGCUUGGCCCCCAGGGGCAUACUCGUCAGAGCAGCUCGGUUGACUUGUUAAGCCAGCCGGGGCAUUCUCGUCAGCGCAGCUCGGUUGACUUGUUAAGUCAGUCGGGGCAUUCUCGUCAGCGCAGCUCGGAUUUGUUAAGUCAGUCGGGGCAUUCUCGUCAGAACAGCUCGGUCGACUUAUUAACCCAGCCGAAGCACUCUCGCCGCAGCAGCUCGUUUGACUUGCUAGCUCAAGAGGGGCGCUCUCGCCGUAGCAGCUCGAUCGACUUGCUAGCUCAGCAGGGACAUUCCCGCCGGAGCAGCUCGAUCGACUUGCUAGCUCAGCAGGGACAUUCCCGCCGGAGCAGCUCGAUUGACUUACUUCAACGCCCAAACUCUCGAGGUGCGUCUGUAGCACUCAGUCCUUUAGGGAAUGGUGCCAGUUCCUCAAGCCUAUCCGCACGCGACCAUGCAUACAUCGCAAGAUUAACAGGUCAGCCUCUGAUAAAUAUGGCGCAUAACAAUCGACAAGAGCCUCCUAGUACUGGCCUUCUUAGUGCGAUAGAAGUCCGCGAGAGAGAGAAUCGACAAUUCAAAGAAAGUAUCAAUAGCCUACCGGUGAUACAGGCAGUCGCUCAGGAACAGCAACACCAACUAAACGCUGACUAUGUGCCUCAGUCCCCAUAUGGCGGCAUGGGACAAUACCCACAAAUGCAGUACCCCGAUCUGUCCCAGAGUCAACAGCAAUGGAUGUCACCCGCCGCGAAUGUAUUUGCCCAGGGUGGUGGGUGGUCAGCUCCGGCUCGCCCUGGAACUCCUGGAACUCUUGGAACUCCUGGAACCCCUCAACGAGAAUCUUAUUUCCCUUAUUCUCCACCGCCGCCGCAGUUCUUUGCGAAUCCUGGAUUCCCGCAGCAACAGGGAUGGUUUAAUGCUGGUUAUCAUGGCGGGCGUUAGCAUUAUAGAGUCGGACCACGCAAAUUUCGGGUGUUUCUUUCUGCAUCUUGCAUCUUGCAUCUUUUGUUUUUUGGCUUUUCUUCUGGCUUAAGGUUUGCCUAGUUAGGCGUUGCAAAGGACUUUUUUUUUUCAGCAGCCAUUCAUUUACCUGGAGUUCGGCCAAAACAUACAAAGCCUUUGACUGGUGUUUUUUUUUCUGUGUAUCUUAGCAUGAAGUGAGUGGAGUUGGCGGUCGAGAUGACAUUUGGCGAUGCAUUAGCAUAGAAUCCCUUUUAAAAACUAUUGGGAGCUACUACAACAAUGAGGAAGUUCAUGUGCAUCUUUUUUGAAUAUACAUAUAUAUAUACAUACAUGUCCAUUUUGAGAUUCUCUCCUGAUGCCACGCACCCUCGUCAAUCAUAGUAUGUAUGUCUAGUUAAUUAUCACCCUAUCCAUCUCAUGUGUCUGUCAACU